AGAGGGCUGAGUUUCUGGGAAAGAGUGGCGGGCCUGACGUCACGUGCCAACUGUUGCAAAAUUCAGCGGACUCCGAUUCAAAUUCAAAUUCCGAUUCCGAACCUCCCCUCCAAAGGGUUGUCAACUCCGCCGCUUUACGCCAUUCCCACAGCCAUCCAGCAACUGGAGGGCAUUACCUGGUACUCGUACCACGCCAUCUCCAUUUCUGCUUACUCACUUUCCCAGAGCAAACUCAUCCCAAAGUCAGAGAUCUUAGCGUUCGUACUUAUAAAAAUAUUAACAAGAUGGGACCUUCGUCCAUUGAACUAUCUAAAAGUUGUAAUAACACAUUUGCUAUCUGAAAGUUAUAGUAUAAUAUUUGCCAUCUGAAAGUUAUAUUAUAACAUUUUCCAUCUGAAAGUUAUAAUAUAAUGCUAGCUAUCAGAAAGUUUAACAUUUACCAUUUGGUUUUUAUUUUUUCAUCUUUAAAAUGCUAAUUGUGUGUAAAUGUAAUAUUUUUCUUUUGAACUCAUAAUUAUAUUAUAUUUCAAAUGUACCCCUAACCAUUUGUGCUAUCAAAACCUUACUGUUAAACUAUACUAUAUUUUUUUAAGGAACCUUAGAGUGCUACCUAUGUGUUGUAUCUACUGCAGAGCAUUCCGUAUUCGUUGCUUUCGCCUGAGGGGGAACUCCUUCCUUCUGCUGCUGUGUUGUUGUCGUGUUGCAAGCUUAUUACAAUUAAGCAAUUUAUUUAAUUUCUAAUUAUUUCUUAUCAUCCGCAUGACAACUCUGUGAAAAAUUAUAUAUAAACCCGGCACGAGCAGACGGAAGGAGGUGCCUGUUUUGGUGGAAGAGCCGAGGAAAAAUAAAGUCGAGAUAGAUCGCUUUUAGCCUGGUCGCAGAUGCAAAGAUACGGAGCUGCCGAGAUACAAAGAUACAGAUGCACACAUACGUAUACCGCCAAAGACUUGAAACCGCCUUGUGAUUUAUAUUUACUUUUGUUUAUAUUUUAAUUCUUCUGAGAGGUCUUAAUUUCUUUGCUGCUCUGGGAAGAAUGUAACCUGCUGUUGUGGCUGAUUUCUUGCGGCGAUUAUGGUACACGAUAAUUGGCCGCAAUUACCAUCGGAGCUGGAAGUUCAAAGUCAGGGUCAUGGGGCGCUGAGAUUUUGCCGUCAAGUUCAACGAGCAUUUGGGGGGCAACAAAAAAAAUUACAUCAAUAUAUAUACCUUUUUUGGCAAGAAACCCCAGUCGAAAUGGCCAACAAAAAAGAGGAGAUCUUGGGCUGUGACUUUGAGAUCCGUGGCAAAGUUCCGAAAGAGGCCUUUGAACUGUUCGCAGUGGCCCAGGCCAAAACGCUGGGUCUCCGGGGAUUCAUCACCCAGGUUUCGGAGGAGAAGUUCAAGGGUCGUCUGGAGGGCGAGGGCAAGGUGAUCGAUGCCUUCAAGAAGCUAAUCCUGGCCGCCGCCGAAUAUGUGCAGGCCAUCAAGGAGUUCAUCAUCAAGAACCUGAAGGUCAUCCAGGAGUACACCUACAAGACUUUUGAAAUCAAAGUGGAGCAAAAGUAAACCCUCCCAAAUUUAGAAAUCAGGCUAUUAGACUAAAUAUUUGAAGAGCCAUUAGGUUUUAUUUAAAAUUUGUAGCGAUUAAUAAUUACAAAGUAUUGUCUCCCCCCAAAAA